AUGGGGGGCGAGAUCUGGCCGCCGCCCCCGCGCCCCGAGCGCGACUGGGACCGCGAGGGACCCCGCGGCCGCAGCCGCAGCCGCAGCGGAAGCCCCGCGCGCUCGCGUCGCGGCGGCUACUCGUCCCGCUCCCGGUCGCGAAGCCUCGAUCGACGGCACGCCGCGCGCUCGUCGUGGUCGCGUUCGCGUUCGAGAAGCCGCAGCCGCAGCGGGAGCCGCGGGCGGCGCCGGCGCCCGUUCGACCCGCGCGACGUCGACGUCGACGAUGCCGGCAGACCGCACGCCGCCGCCGGCCUCGGUUUCGACGAGGAGAUCAACCCCAAGGCUGACGCCCUCCUCGACGCGGCGUCGGGUGGAGACGGGCGGAUCUGGGAGCACGACGACCGCGACCGAAAGCGCAAGCGCGGGCGCGGGCGCGGCGGGUCGCCGUCCGCGUCGCGCCGAAGCCGAAGCCGACGGCACUCCCGCGGGAACUCCGACGACGACGACGACGAGCCGGAGAAACCGUCCGCGGCCAAGACGGUGGACCAGGAGACGAUGCUACGCAUGGAGAUCGAGGCAUCCGCGGCGGAGAAGCGCAACCCCGAGCAGAAACUCGACCAGCUCAACCUCGGGUGGAACUCCGAGACGGCCGCGGUGUUCAAGCGCGCGCGAGAGAAGAUCGCGGGCGUGUCCGGGAACUCGUUCGACCCGCUGCAGCUCGCGCUCGAACGAGCACGGGAGAGGAGAAGGACCAACGCGGCGGACGCCAUGGAGAAGCUCGAGGAACGAAAAAACGCGCGGGGUAAGCUUCGGCGCGGCCGCAAGGACGGGGACCACCGCGACGACGACGGGCGACGAACGUACGGAAAACUCGGAGGCUUGGGUAACAUAGACGCGUACGGUAAGAACAAGGGCGUGGACGCGCGGACGGAGCGUGACGCGAGGGCGCGGCACGAUACGUCGGCUGAGGGAAUCGCGAAUGCGUUGGAGCGAAAGGCGGCGACGUACGCCAAGCUCGCGGCGGGCGAAUACGACGAAAAGGACGCGGACAAGUACGACGUGGACUUUCACGCGAAGGGGGCGGUGGGCCGGGCUGGGUGCGCGAUGGCGGAGCUGGAGGAGGAGGCGAGGAAGAGGGACCUCGGGGCGAGCAUCGCGUUUGAUUACGGCCGCGGGGGGAUGCCGGAGUGGCGGGGCGGGGCGCCGCCGCCGCCGCCGCCGGAUCUGGUUCGCGUGAGGGAGGUGCCGCCGCCGCCGCCGAUGGCGAUGAUGCCGCCGCCGGUGAUGACGGUGCCGCCGCCGCCGAUGAUGCCCCCGCCGCUCGUGCCGCCGCCGCCGCCUCCCUUUGGUUAA